AUGCCGUGCCGGAGGGAGGAGGAAGAGGAAGCGGAGGGGGAAGAAGAGGAGGAUGAUAGCUUCCUCCUGUUAGAGCAGUCGGUGACGCUGGGCGGAUCGGGAGAGGUGGACCGGCUGGUGGCCCAGAUCGGCGAGGCGUUGCAGCUGGACGCGGCGCAGGACAGCCCGGCCUCUCAGUGUGCGCCUCCGGGGCCGUCCCUGCAGCCCCCGCGGCCCCCGGCGGCGGUGCCGGCGGACAAGGCCCGGGCCGUGGCUUUGCCUUUGCUUUUGUCGCCCGCGCCAGCGUCGGUCGAGACAGCGGGCCCGGGAGCCUUGCGCUGCACCCUUGGGGACCGCGGCCGCGUGCGGGACCGAGCUGCUCCCUACUGCGUGGCGGAGUUCACCGCGGGCCCCAACGCAUUGCCGGGGUCGUGCCGGCGAGGAUGGCUCCGGGGUACCGCGCCUUCCAGCCGCCUACAACAGCGACGCUGGCCCCAGGCCGGGACACGGACCGGCGACGACGACCCUCACGAUGACCGGCUCCUACAGCAGCUUGUUCUCUCGGGGAACCUCAUCAAAGAGGCUGUGCGGAGGCUCCAGCGAGCCGUAGCUGCGGCCGCUGCUGUUGCAGCCACAGGCCCAGCGGGCGCCCCUGGACCCGGGGGUAGCCUCAGCGGACCGGAUCCCAUCUCCCUGCAGCCUUCGGGUGCCAUGCACUGA